UGUUAUCAAUGAAUGGGACUGAAUUUUUAAACUAGGCCGGCAGAUAGGCAGUUGGCUUCCGCAUAAGCUACAUCGCUCAAGACAGUGUGGCGCCACUUUUGGUAUCAGCUGUUGCAGCAAGUCACAUAUAGGCCGGCCUACACUUGGAAUCCAAAUGCUGUACCCGACAAGUUGUUGGUACAACAUGCGGGAAUAUUAAUUGCGGGAAACUGAAAGGUGACAUAAAAAGGAAUACAGCGAUGAGGAACAGAUAGUGACGGAUCAAAUUACAUUUGGAACGGCGACACAUUGGUGAUAUAUCUAUCUGCAUCAGAUAGCUUGCCGUACGCCCAAGCCAAGGGAUCGAAAUAAACCCAUCUUUCACCCACUGAUCAGUCUAUUUGUAUCGCAGAUGGUCUAACAUUUGACAAUAUUUGUUCGAAAGUGUCAUCUUUAAGGAGGAAAAUAUAAAGACAGCGAUGCCGAGCCCCGAGGAUGGUUCUAACGGGAGCGCUCGCCCGAGGAGAGUUCCCGCAGGAAACGCAGCGGCGGCCUACCUCCCAGCAGGCGUAUCCCUAAGUGCCCGGGCUACACCAGUACAUUAUCAGCCCAACAAUGGUGGGGGCGCUUCAAGACGACCUUCCAACACGAGCACUGCGGCAUCAUACCUACCACCCGGUGUGGGUAGCGCCAGGGCCACCCCGGUCCACUACCGACCCAACGACGUAAGCAACUCCCGGAGACCUUCUAAUACCAGUUCUGCAGCCGCGUAUCUUCCAGCGGGUGUGUCACUCGGUUCUCGAGCCACGCCCAAUCCUUACCAACCAAGCAGCGGUAGGACCACGCCCCGAAACAUGUUCGUACCAAUCAGCGGACGGAGUACUCCCAUGCCGGAUAGUGGGCGAACCACACCCGCAUCACACAUGCCUCACAGUGGCCGGACCACGCCCGCAUCAGUAUACGCCCCUCCCAGCGGUAGGGCCACACCAGUGUCUAUCCGAUCCGUGAAUGGGAAAACCUCACCGGCUUCCUUGCAUUCGGCUAACAAUGAAGCCCGAAGUCGGUCGGUGUCUCGUUCUCGAGAUCCGCCAGUACCGGCAAUAAGGACAUUGUCCAAGGAGGUCUCCAAGAAGAGAUCUAAGUCCCCCUCUCGUCCUCCGAGCAUCCCAGAUGCGACUGACGGUGGAAGUGACAAAGAGUUUGAAGGAGAUGAGAACGAGGAACGUGGUAACUGGAGCAACAAGAUGGACUUCCUCCUCUCGUGUCUCGGGUAUGCCGUGGGUCUGGGAAACGUCUGGAGAUUCCCUUAUCUAGCUUAUAGGAAUGGAGGAGGUGCCUUUUUAAUCCCUUACACAAUCAUGUUGUUUUUCGCUGGUCUACCUCUGUUUCUGAUGGAGGUAUCAUUCGGGCAAUACUGCAGUCUGGGACCUGUCUCAAUAUGGAGAUCUGUGCCGAUCGCCCGAGGUAUUGGUUACUGCCAAAUUUUCACGGCUUGCAUCCAAGGCGUGUACUACAACGUCAUCAUCAUGUACACCGUCUACUACUUCUUCGCGUCGUUCACAAGUCAACUCCCCUGGAUCGGGUGCGCCAAACCCUGGAACAAUGUCAAGUGCUACGACCUCUACAGCGACUGCGUCGACAACGAGGGCAUCAUCGCCACCAACGGCAGUUGUCUCCGGCUCGAUUCCCUCAAUGAGACCACACUGAAUGUUUACAACGUGACGAGCAACCUGGGCGGAUACAACCUGUCGGGUUACACGGAUCCCCUGGGCGGAAGUAGGGAGCUUGCCAGCGAGCAAUAUUGGAAAAAUGCCGUUCUCCAAGAGGCGGACACGAUGAACGAGCCAGGUGGUGUUAUCUGGCAGCUAGCAUUAUGUUUGUUGGUUGCUUGGAUCAUAGUCCUAUUAUGCCUUGUCAGAGGAAUCAAGUCAUCGGGAAAGGUUGUAUACUUCACUGCUACCUUCCCGUACGUUGUUCUUUUCAUUCUAUUCAUUCGUGGCGUAACGUUGCCCGGAGCUAUAGACGGGAUUCGGUUCUUCGUGGUCCCAGAUUUCAACAGACUCAGUGAUGCUAAGGUAUGGCAAGAUGCAGCUAUCCAAAUCUUCUAUUCUCUCAGUGCAGCAGGAGGUGGCCUGGUCACGCUGUCAUCUUAUAAUAAGUUCCAUAACAACUGCUACAGUGACUCGAUAUUUGUGGCCAUUGCAAACUGCUGCACCAGCGUCUUCGCAGGGUUUGUUAUCUUCUCCAUCGUAGGGUUCAUGGCCCACGAGCUCGACCAACCUGUCGAUACGGUCGUCCAACAAGGUUUUGGGCUUGCGUUCAUCGCCUACCCCGCCGCAGUAGCACGUAUGCCCGUUUCUCCUCUAUGGUCUAUCCUCUUCUUUGGCAUGUUGAUAACACUGGGUUUAGACAGUCAGUUCGCCAUUAUGGAGAAUGUAGUAACAGCCAUUGUGGAUGAGAUCCCUAAACUCCGUAAGAAGAAGACAUACGUGUUAAUGGCUGCCUGUGGUAUCAUGUACAUCAUGGGAUUCAGCUGCAUAACCCAUACGGGCAGUUAUUGGGUGUCGCAUCUCGACAGUUAUGGCGCCUUCUUCAACUAUAUCAUCUACGCCCUCCUCGAGUGUAUAGCCCUGGGCUGGAUUUACGGGGUCAAGCGCCUCCAGAACGAUAUCCGAACCAUGGUGGGAGACAAGUGGGUCGGCCACUGGUCCUUCAUGUGGUGGCCUCUGAACUGGGCUGCCUUCACACCUGCUCUCAUGUUGUUCGUUCUCAUAUUCAACUUCUUAAACUGGCAAGAGCCAAGUUACAAUGGACCUUUCCCUUCCUGGGCCCGGGCCGUUGGCUGGUUGAUCACUACAUGCUCGUUGAUCUGGAUCCCUAUUGUCAUCAUCUACGAGUUCCUCAUGGAAGAGGGAACAUUCAUGGAGCGUUGGCAUCUGAUCUCAAGCCCCAUCGAUACAUGGGGUCCCGCCCUCCCUCGGUUCCGCCUGGAGUCCUGGAAGGUUCAUCAUCGAAACGGAACCACGAUGGGCGGGCAACUGGACAUCGAUGGCAGCGGUCGCCCGUGGUCACCCGGCGAAGUCAAGUUCGACGAGGAGGAGGAUGAUGAAGAGAUGGGCAACGUUGAAAACGGGGAGCCGCCUUCUUAUGAAAUGACGAAUCCACUUUAACCGAUGAUUGACUGCAUAUAAGCAGCGAUCAUUUUGAUUUAACUUGGACGUUCAUGGAUGACAAAAGUUCUUAUGAAUAAUACUUAGGUAUAAUUUGUGUCAUAUAGGAUUAAUGCCGAGUGUUUUGGAGUCCUUUUAUAGAAGAGUCGCAACAACCAAUGAUUUGACGCUAUUUUGUUUACACUAUCACGUAACAUUUGUAUUCAGGUUUGAUGAGCACCUGUAAAUUCUAAAAGAGAAAGAAUUUAAACGUCAUAUUGCGUUGAAAAAAAACAUCAUGUCGCAACUUCUACCUUAAAUGGACUCUAAUAUGCUCUAGAGUCCCGUUAUAUGAAGGGAUCCGUCGUCUGUCUGGAUAUUUGGCAUCACGCCCUUUCGCCGUCCAUAGAUCGAGCCACGUGAAAAGCUAGAAGUAGGCCUUUUUAUUACUGGUCGAUGGCAUCGCUUCGAGGACUUUUUCCUGAAAAUGUACAGCGAUUUGCCCAUCAUCUACUUUUACAUUAUUGUAAAUAUAAUCAAAGACUGAUAGAUUAGAUCAUUCGAUAAUCAACAUAUUUCUAACGCUGUACAGCUAACACAAGUGGAGCCUUUACAGACAUAAAGCAAAGCCUACAUAAUAUAAAAUACCUGGUAUUGUUAAGACGAUGUACAGAAAUUUUGCAUCAUUUUAACGAAAAGAGAAAUUGUAUUCGAUGAAUGUCUCAAGUCGGAUUUAACAUAGACUGGAGUUCAAGUUAAAUUCGAGUUCAGAAUAUGAAUCAAGUUGUUUGGGUUUGUACAUCUUUUCCAGCCAAAGGGUAACAUGUGUUUUCACGUUCGUAAGGUUUAUUCGUGUAAAUGUCAAACGUAUACAAACAAAAAAACCCACUAUAAUUUCUCGUUUAAACAAUGGUUAUAAAAAAGUCACAUACUGUUACAGUGCUGAUGGCAUUCACUUAUUUAAAUAUUAAAAUUGCAGUUUAAGUAAAGAGGCGGGCCUUAGCAAAAUGUCUUUCAUUGUAUUCAAAAGAUACUUAUUUUUCGUAUUUUUUAGUAUGGUCAAUUGUGAUGCCUUUAUAUUGAAUUUUAGCUGAAGCGUUCUUAUAUCUUUACAGAAGAAUAACCGUGUUUUUUUAUAAUUAGUCUCAUUUUUAGUUUAUUUUCUCCUUCUUUUGACCCUUUUUUAUCAUGAUGCUUUUUUAUACCGCAUAAUAUACACGAAAGACUAUAUAAUACUCGGCUGAUGUAAUCAUUUAUUGAAACCAUUCAUGCCUUAGUUGUGUGAUUGGUUGAAAUGAUUUAAAAAAAUGUAUGAUUACUGAUUAAAUAUCAAACAUUUUAAAGUUAUACAGAGUAACCCAUGCACGAACUUCUUCCAAAAUAACCAUGUGAUCGCAAGAAGUUUCUUUUACUGUGUUUCAAAAUAUCAUAAAUAUGGCCAAUAGUUUGAUUCGUGUGGAAAUAUCAGGUGUUUUAUAAUAAACGUGUGGUAUCUGCCUUUUUAAAAUCCCUCACGCCCUAUUAUUAAAGUAAUAGAUUUUUAAAUUUUAUAUUCACAUCGUGUACAUUUUCUCAGGACGGAAUGUAUGAUAUGAAAUAUAUAUAUAUAUAUAUAUAUAUAUAUAUAUAUAUAUAUAUAUAUAUAUAUUAUAUUUUGCACGUACUAUACACAGUUUUUGGACUGUGCAUGUAUAGCAUAAUGAAUAAACCUAGUCGACGUGUUUCAGGGAAUUGUAAACAAAUCAAGGUUGAAUAUGCGAUAAAGGAACACAUUAAUUGAACUCAUUUACCGACUAUUAAUAUGAAUAUCAUUCUUCAGUAUCUACCAAAAUAUAAUUAUUGUGAUGUUAAUAGUUGCCCACCCCCCGAAAAUGAUGAAACUCGCCUUAAAUUAUUACGCAAGUAAAUGUUCAAAGGCAUAUUCAAUGAAAUAAUGCUCAGCGAGUUUUCGGAAACUUAAUUUGUUUUCAGGGGGUGGGGCAUAGAGUUGGGAAUUCAUUCACGCCUUAAUCAGGUUAAUACAAAAUGACAUAAAAUGGUAAAUCAUUCUUGUUUCUAUAGUUUUAUCAUUGUAUCUCCAGCUGAGCUAGACACCGGUUGUUUUAAAGCCCCACUGCACUAUUUAUAGCUACUUGCACACUCUAUAUAGCCAACAAUGCCUAAUCGGUACCAUUGGUCCCCUGGAUCCUCUUUUUCUUAUGUUAAUUGAGAGCUUAUUUGAUGAGAAAAACACCUGUCAGUGACCAUGCAAAGAAGUAUAAUCCCUCCUCGCCAAACUUGUACGGUGGGGCUUUAAGGUUAGACUUGAAAAUAAUGUUUAAUGCAAAACUAAAAAAUUAAAGAUCGUUUGUAACAGAAUAAAUGUAAAUACUUUUUAGUAUACUAAUAAAAUAUAUAUCGGACAUUGGGGAUUUUUAACUAUUUAUAUCCAUUUAUACUUGUAAGCGAUAUUCAGUGUUUUUAAGAGUAGAUAUUAAUGUUUAUAUAAUUGUUCCAAUUUGGAAGGGAUAGUUUGAUAUGUACAUUGAUAUGAUAAUUAUGUAUAUAAUUACACAUCACAUUCCAUCAUUGCAAUAUUUUCAUGUCAUAUUAAGCCGAGAAUAUUUUUCUUAUAGAUGCGGAAGGUGAUGAAAUGUGUCGUGCGCAGAUUUUCAAGAAAGAAAAUUGAAUUUCCUUUCGUGAAUUCAGAAUUCCACAUUUCAAUUAAGAUCACCUUCAAAUGUAUGGAAUUUUGAUCUCAAAUAGGCUUUGUUUCAUGAUAAAUAUUCAAUGUUUGAAUCUCAUUGGGGAAAAAAAAUUCAUGGUCUUGUAACAUUCAUUUCGUCCAAGAUUGAAAUCCAUGAAUUUUGAAAAUGAUGGGAAAUAGUGGUUUUGAAUUUAUUUCAUAUACCGAUAUUGUCCAUUUCUAUAUACCAUCAUAGCUGAUUUGUGAAUUUGAUUAGAGAAGCAUUAAAGAGUAAAAUGUACAAUCAAUGAAUCAUGAACAUCAUGCCCCAAUUUCAUUUACCAAAGUGUUUUUUAAAAACACUUUAACAAAUAUGUACCAUUGAAUUUGACCUGUUUUUUUUUUUUUGUAAAUUUGAAUUUUAUCUAUUUCAAGUACUUUUCAAUGCCUUCCCAGGAAAUGGUGCAACAGGCUUUCAUACGAAUUGAGUUCUACCUAGAUUUUUGUAUACUUAUCGCUGUUGCCAAAUACAUGUAUGUACUAUAACUCCAAUCAGAAUUUAGAUGUAAAUAAUUCGGGGGGGGGGGUAUUAAAUGUUAAAUACAUCAUGACAUGAUUGACGGUCUAAUAAUGUCAUUAAAGAGAAGGAUGAAUUUAAA